UUAAAAUAAAACAACAUAAAAAACUCAGCAGCUUGAUAAAAAAAUAAAAUGCAGCCAUUUCCGCCUCGUAGUAGUAUCACUGUAUCGGAAACAAAAAGUUGAAAUCGCCCCGAUCUCAACUCAUUUCCCCGGAAAACGCUGCCGGUGUUCGGCGUCGGCCGCCAUAAGCAGUGAUAAACUCGUCCAGGGUUUAUUGUCAGUAAGUAUCAAGAAUGCAAUUCUUUGGUGGUUCUGAGAUUAGUCCGUCGCCGCCUGCGCUGACUGCUUCAGGAAACAAUGGCCAUAUGCUGUAUGUUUUCAAUAGAAAUGGUAUAUGCUUGCUUUAUAGAGAGUGGAAUCGCCCCCUGCAUACUUUGAAUGCUCAACAAGAUCACAAGUUAAUGUUUGGUCUGCUCUUCUCACUCAAGUCACUAACUGCCAAGAUGGAUCCCACUAGUGCCGAGAAAGGGAACCUUGGCGUGCCUCAGUUACCCGGCCAAGGUUGUUCAUUUCACAGUUUUCGCACUAAUACAUACAAACUUAGUUUCAUGGAAACUCCUUCUGGAAUAAAGAUUAUUUUGGUAACUCAUCCUAGAACCGGUGAUCUCCGGGAUUCCUUAAAGUAUAUCUACAACUUGUAUGUUGAAUAUGUUGUCAAGAAUCCACUCUAUACACCCGGAUCUCCUAUCAGGUCUGAGCUGUUCAAUACAACGUUGGACCAGUAUGUCAGAGGCAUUGCAUAGAAGCUGAACGGUUACAAUUUACCCUUAUUACCGAUGAACACAUGUGUUGUAAAAUCCCUUGUUAUGCAUGGUGGUCACUGCAUUAUCAGUCACAGACUUUUGGGAAUGCCUCACUUGCUGUUUAUGUUUAUGUUACUGCAAUACAUGGUGUGACAAUGUUAGUUAAUACUUGAUCGGAAUUCAUUGCUCAAAAUUAAACUAAAGAAGGACUGAAUCAUUAUUGUCACUUUGUUUCC